AUGGAUAAUAAGAGUGCAAAACGUGCCUUUUCAGGGUUUGUCACGGCAGGGGUCAAGCGGCAGAAUGGACUCAAUAGCAUAGAUGUCUGCCAAGAUAUUACCACCAUGGGCAAUAGCAUUUCAGUUGUGCCGAUCAGGAUCGCUUAUGGGCAGGUUGGACUGUGCAUCAUGGAUCCCUUGGUGUACAGCCAGGCUUUGGUCGCAGGUCUUCAAGCUAAGACAGCCGCUGUUCAAUGCGGUCCAUCUGCAAAAGGUGCAACAGGCCGGCAUCGUUCCCGAACCGUUUGGCUGGCAUGUCAAAUCCAAUAUUAUUUGUCGGAGAUUGAAGGGGAUGUUACCUCGUUGAAAGAUCCUUCUCAGGGCUUCUUCAGGUGA